UUUUGUCUUAAAGUUGAAACUUACUUGCGAAUGAAUAAAAUACCAUAUCAGAAUUCACAUGGUCGAAGAAAGUCCAAAAAGGGCAAAGUUCCAUUCAUAGAAUUUAACGGACAGGAAGUCAACGAUUCUAGUUUAAUUAUAGAAUUCCUCAAUGAAAAACUCAACACAGAUCUAAACAGUCAUCUGACAUCGGGCAAACUGGUGAAAAAACAAGCAGAGGCGCACGGUAUCGGUCGCCAUAGUUACGAAGAAAUGGUAGGAAUUGAAGAAGGUGAUUUGAGAGCCAUGUCGGAAUUCUUAGGUACAAAGUCAUUUUUCUUUGGCCAUAAACCAUGCGAGACAGAUUGUGCUUUAUUUGGACAGUUAAGUCAGCUGAGAUGGCAGUUACCUAAUACCAAGGGCGAAUAUUUUGUGAAUGAAAAGUACACCAAUCUUCGAGAUUAUUGUGAUCGCAUGAAGGCGACAUUUUGGCCUGAUUGGAAUAAUUGCAUUACACACGUGGGAAAAUCAAAAAACCAAAAUCAUAACUAAUUAUGGCGCAAUUAAAAUCAUGUUUGAUGGGGUCAAUGUAUAUUGUGUA